CAAUUCUUCGAGACUCUUUCAACCGCAGAACUUGCGCUUUGCUUUUCCGCGCGGGGAUUGAAUAAAUACGUACGUUGUCGAAAGGGGUGACAGUCAACCGAAAGGAAAAGAGUUAUCACACCCAAUAUGGCUAUUCAAUCAUCGCCGCCAGCACCACCAGCACGGCCAUACAAAUCCGUCGCCGUGAUCGGUGCAGGUCCCUCCGGUCUCUCCGCCGUGAAAGCUCUCAACGACGAGAAAGCAUUUGACGUAAUCCGAGUAUUCGAGCGGCGUGAUCGCGUGGGCGGAACAUGGAUCUACGACCCAGAACCCACGCCUUUCCCCUCGCCAUCCGUGGACCCAGCACCCGCUUCCAACACGCCCCCGGAAACAUUACCUGCAUUCACUUCCCCUUUACCGGAAGAUGCGACGCGCCGCACGGGACUGUACUCGUACCUCGACAGCAACGUGGGGAUCGAGGCGAUGGAGUUCACGUACGCCUCGCACCCGAAGAUCAAUUCCGCGCUGUCGAUCCGGCGCUUCGGGUUCGAUAACCCGACGAGGCCGUGGCAGGUGGUUGCGGGGUACUUGGAGGAUAUCUUCGCGAAGUACGUGCAUCAGGUGACGUUCGACACGACGGUCGAGAGGGUGAGCAAGGAUGUCGUGACGGGGAGGUGGGAUGUCGUGCUCCGGCGGUCGGGGGUGUCGUGGAAGGGGGAGCAGCGCGAUCACUGGUGGACCGAGACGUUCGAUGCAGUGGUCGUUGCGACAGGGCAUUAUAACAUUCCGAAUAUCCCCGCCAUACCUGGGUUGCAGAGUUGGUACGACCUGUGGCCGGAGAGGUUGGAGCAUUCUAAGCAGUUUCGCAGUCGGGAGGAGUACUCGGGAAAGUCCGUCGUGGUUGUUGGUGGCAGCGUGUCGGCGUCUGAUUUCGUGAUGGAUUUGCACAGGAGUGUGAAAGCGCCUUUGAUAAUCUCGCAGAGGGGAUUGAAUGCGAACCCCGCGCUGGAGAACGUGUGGAAGAUUCCGCAUGUCGUGCAGAAGCCGACUAUUGCGAGGGUGACGACUGAGAAUGGAGGAACCGUUGAGUUCAGCGACGGGACAAAGGCUGUUGGCGUCGACAAGAUUAUCUUUGCCACGGGUUACCGACUUUCGUACCCAUUUUUGGUGCCGAAUCCUGUCACGGACAAGAACCGUCUUGCUGGGUUCUACCGGCACGUCUUCAAUAUCGAGGAUCCAUCGCUCACUGUCAUCGGCCAGGUUCGAGCGGCGUUGUCUUUACGAAACUACGAAUACCAAGCCGUGGCUGUCGCUCGAGUCCUAGCUGGUCGAGGCAAUUUACCUUCUCAAGCAGAGCAGAAGGAUUGGGAAGAGAAGCUGCUAGCCGUGCGAGGCCCAACACAUCAGUUCCACACUAUUGCACCUGAUUUCAAGGAGUACUUUGAUGGGCUAAGGGCGAUUGCUGGCCCUCCUGCGGAAGGCAGCGAAGGAUAUGAAUUGCCGCCGUAUGAUGAUGAUUGGACGCUUAAAGGAUUCAGAGUGCUUGAGCUGAAGGAUCAAUAUGCACAGAGAUUGCUAGCCAAGAACGAUGGAAGCGGAUUGGCAGAUGAAGGAAGACUGCUGGCCAAGUUGUAGACCUACAUAUUCACGAUUAGCCAAAGGUCUAUUGACUCCUUUGUUUGCUGUCCUUAUCGAGCCGCCCGUCGGGCCCCAAAUGACCUGGUGUAGGUAUCGAAUCACAAGUGCAAGUACGUCGACUCUAGCGCAGUGAAAUAAAUUGACCCUAAGAGUACACGCCGUUAAAUGGAUCGCGGUUUUGCCAUCAAAUGUGCCAUUAUCUACCAUCCCCACCAAUGCACCCUCCGCCGCGCGG